AGUGAAUCAGCUGAUCGCUUUACUCACGUGGAGAAUCAGCUGUGCGCAACCAUGGAAGAGCUGGUGCAAGAGAAUCUCGAGAUACCGCCUAUCAAAUAUGAGUACCUUGAUCAUACCGCGGACGUGCAAUUACAUGCAUGGGGCGAGACAUUGCAGGAAGCUUUCGAGCAGUGCGCGAUGGCCAUGUUCGGUUACAUGACGGAUCUGGAACGCGUACAGGUCACGCAAGUGCAGCACGUGGAGGCCGAGGGCGAGGAUCUUCUGAGUCUACUGUUCCACUUCCUCGACGAGCUGCUCUUCAUGUUUAGCGCCGAGCCAUACCUCAUUCCCAAGAAGGUCAAGAUUACCGAAUUCGACAUAGAAAGUUUCAAAAUCAAGGCGACUGCGUAUGGUGAAGAGUUCACGAUCGGUAAGCAUACGCAGGGCGCCGAGGUGAAGGCCAUCACGUACUCGGCAAUGCAGAUCUACGAUCGUCCGCAAAUGGAUCGGCCCGAGGUCUUCGUAAUAGUCGACAUAUAAUUAUAACCGCCUGCAGCAAGCACACCCGUCACAUUGGACGCAUUUCUCAACGUUCGCUACAGCGGCUCUGGACAACGCUUUAAAAACAGUGGAAAAAGUGGGAAUGAAGGCUGGCUUGAGGGUUGGAGAAAAUAAGUAGAGGGAGGUAGCCGAAGGACGGGAAGAAGGGUGACUUGUGCGCCUCCCCUACGGCCUACAUAGAGGAUACGAUUCUUUUAUACUUGCUUUGUAGGGUUCAAAUAAAUACGUUAUGAAGAAAGCACCGGGCCCCCUUCUUCUUGGCUUGACGCAGGCAUGUAUCAAGGUCACCUGGCCUCUUGGGAAAACGCGUUGAAAAGUUGGAGUUUGCAGAAGUGUCCAUUUUGUGAAAACGCGAUCUAUUUCAUUGCAUACAUUUUAUCGUUAUGGACCACAGUUUAUUUAUUAUUUAUAAGCAUUUCUUAUGAUUAACAUGCUAUGUUAUAAGUUUGUAAAGUAUGAUCAAUAUUCAAUUGAAUAUGUACUUUUGAUAAAUACUUUUAUAAGCAAGUUUUGUAGUGCAAUUUAUGAUUGCAUUGAUAGAACUAGUAUUUUAAUGUUUAAUCUUAUUAAUGUUUGUGUUUCUCUAACUAUGCUCUAUGUAUGCGUACAAUUAUGUAUUUUAAAGAUUGAAUAGGAUAGUUAAUUGUAUGUUUUUCUACAUUAGACUAUUUUACAUACAUAUAUGCAGAUGAUGUAAUUGAUAAAAAUAAUCCAAAGAAAAAUCCAAUUCUUUCUGCGACAUUCCCAUCUCUUGAGAAAAUUAUUUUAUUAAGAUAAAUGUAUUAUUUAUUUCCAUUAUUAUUUUCAGAAAAAGCUGUAUUAUAAAAGAAAUAUUAUGAUCUUGUAAGAUAGUGCACAUAUUCUUGUGUGUAUACUUGACACACAUUAUCGCAUUUUUUGUCAAAUAUGACAGACCGGAUACAAACUGUCGGUGAUUUAACUAAAAUAAAAGUCUGCGAGCUUU